AUGACUCUGCCCCACAGCCCUGGAAAUGUGGGGGCACCCCAGCCCCCGCAGACCACGGAGGUCCACAGGAUGGAGCACCGCCAGGAGGAGGAACAGUCAGAGCAGCGGCAGCAAAGCCUACACAUGGGCUCCUCGAUGCGGAAGCGAACCUACCGGAGCAGUGACGAAGAGUAUCAGUUCAGUGCCGCAGACUACUCCCUGGCAGCCGCCCUGGCUCUGACGGCCUCCUCAGAGCUGUCCUGGGAGGCCCGACUGAGGCGACAGUCCUCCGCUGUGGAGCUGGAGGAGCGCGGGCAGAAGCGGGUGGGCUUCGACAAUUACUUGGAGAAGACAGAGCUCGCCUUUCUGCAGACCCGCAGUCUACUACGCCAGAGACGCAGCAGGAAAGCUCUGAGGCAGCGGACAGAGGAGAAAGUCCGGGAGGCCAAGGAGCUGCUGGAGCUGUGUUCUGGCCGGGGACCCUGGUUUUGGAUCCCCCUUCGCUCCCACGCCGUCUGGGAACACACCACGGUCCUGCUCACCUGUACUGUCAAAGGGUCCCCUCUGCCCCAAGUCACCUGGUACAAAAAUGAUGUACGAAUUGAUCCCCGCCUCUUUCCUGCCGGAAAGUACCGAAUCAAGAACAACUAUGGGCUGCUGACCCUAGAGAUUAGAAGAUGCACCAUUGAGGACUCAGCUACCUACACCGUGAUGGUGAAGAAUGCCUACGGCCAGGCCUCCUCCUACGCCAAAGUCCUCGUCCACACGUACCUGGGGAAGGAUGCUGGCUUCGAUUCAGAAUUCUUCAAAAGAUCACUGUUUGGCCCCAGCGUGGAGUUCACAUCUGUGCUGAAGCCUGUCUUUGCCUGUGAGAAGGACCCCUUCUCCCUGUCCUGCUUCUUUUCGGAUGAUGUGUUAGAUGCUGAGCAGAACAUCCAGUGGUUUCGAGAUGGGAGCCUGCUGAAGUCCACAGAGCGCCGGCAGAUCCUCAGUGCACACCGCCAGGCGUCUGUAAAGGUGUCCUGUGCCUACAAGGAAGAUGAGGGGCUCUACACGGUCCAGGUGCCCUCUCCCUUUGGGGUCCGGGAGCAGAGCGCCUAUGUGUUUGUGAGAGAUGCUGCAGCCGGGAAGACGGGAGGUCCAGGGUCUCCCCUGAAUGUCCGAUGCCUGAAUGUGAACAGAGACUGCCUCAUCCUGACCUGGGCCCCACCCAGCGACACUCGCGGCAACCCCAUCACCGGUUACUCCAUCGAGCUGUGCCAGGGUGAGUCCGGCAAGUGGGUGCCUUGCCACAAGACCCUUGGGGGGACCUGCCGGUGCCCAAUCCAAGGCCUUGUCGAAGGCCAGAGCUAUCGGUUCCGGGUGAAAGCCAUCAGCCAAGUAGGAAGCAGCCUCCCCUCCAAGGCCUCACAGCUGGUUUUUAUGGGAGAAUCUGAUGAAGACCAGAGAAAGACAGAGAUCCCCUUUGGUUUGGGAAACAAGAUCACAAUCAGCAAAGAAGAUUUUGAAGACUUCGUGACCAUCCCCUCGGUCCCAACAAAUGUCCACGCCAGCGAGAUCCGAGAGACCUACGUGGUUCUGAGCUGGAAGGAACCUAGCCCCCGAGGCAAGGCCCCACUGACAUACUCCCUGGAGAAGUCUGUCAUAGGUAGUGGCACCUGGGAGGCCAUCAGAACAGAGGCCCCUGUGAAAGCCCCACAAUUCGCCCUUUUGGAUCUGGAAAAAGGAAAGUCAUAUGUCUUCAGAGUGCGAGCAAUGAACCAGUAUGGCAUGAGCGAUCCCUCGGAGGCCAGCGAGCCCAUCACCCUGGGGACUAAACCAGCGACUCUGCCUCCUCCCACUCAAGUGCAAGCUUUCCGAGACACACAGACCGCUGUCUCCCUAACCUGGAAUCCUGUGGAUGGUGGUCCGGAGCUCCUGGGUUACUACAUCUACUCCCGGGAGCUGGGAUCUUCUGAAUGGCAAACAGUCAACAACAAACCCAUCCAGGGCAACCAGUUCACGGUUCCUGGUCUGAAGACGGGGAAGGAGUAUGAGUUUUGUGUCAGCUCCGUCAGCGAGGCUGGGGUAGGUGAAAGUUCCACAGCCACCAAACCCACCAAGGUCAAGCAGGCUCUGGCUACGCCAUCUGCCCCCUACAAUUUCACCCUCCUAAACUGUGGGAAGAAUGAUAUGGUCAUUGGAUGGAAACCCCCCAAGCGUCGAGGAGGUAGCAAGAUCCUGGGCUACUUCCUGGACCAACACGAUUCAGAUGAGCUAGACUGGCAUCCAGUCAACCAGCAGCCCAUCCCAGCCCGGGUCUGCAAGAUCAGCAACCUGCAAGAAGGUCACUUCUAUGAGUUCCGUGCCCGGGCAGCAAAUUUGGCAGGUGUUGGUGAGCUGUCAACACCCAGCAGCCUGUUCGAGUGCAAAGAGUGGACAAUGCCCCAACCAGGUCCCCCCUAUGAUGUGCGUACAUCCGAGGUGCGGGCCACCUCCCUGAUGCUGCGGUGGGAGCCCCCACUGUACACAGGAGUUGGGCCGGUCACAGGGUUCCACAUCAGUUACCAGGAAGAAGGCACGGAGCAAUGGAAUCCAGUCACCCCAGGCCCCAUCUCUGGCACCUUCCUGAGGGUUUCCGACUUGCAGCCAGGGAAGACCUAUGUAUUCCAGGUACAGGCUGUGAAUUCAGCUGGCCUGGGGCAACCAUCAAUGCCCACAGACCCUGUGCUCCUGGAGGACAAGCCAGAUGCCCGGAACAUCUCGGUUGGCGUCAAUGAAGAGGGCCUCAUCUACUUGGCUUUCGAAGCCCCUGAGGCUCCUGACUCUUGCGAGUUUCAAUGGUCCAAGGACUAUAAGAGUCCCCUGGACCCCCAGAGGGUUAAGAUCGAAGAUGAAGUUGACAAGUCCAAGGUCAUCCUGAAAGAGCCUGGCCUUGAGGAUCUGGGCCUUUAUUCGGUAGUGGUCACCGGUGCUGAUGAAGACAUCUCGGCGAGCCACACACUGACUGAGGAAGAGCUGGACAAGCUAAAGAAGCUAAGUCAUGAGAUCAAAAACCCAGUUAUCAAGCGGAUCUCUGGCUGGCAUGUGGAGGUGCUGGAGCGAGGAGAAGUGCGACUUUGGCUGGAAGUAGAAAAGUUAUCUCCCGCUGCUGAGUUGCAUCUAAUCUUCAAUGAGAAGGAGAUCUUCAGCUCGCCGAAUCGCAAGAUCAAUUUUGACCGAGCAAAGGGUCUGGUGGAAGUGAUCAUCGAGAACUUGUCUGAGGAUGACAAGGGGUCCUACACUGCUCAGCUCCAAGAUGGAAAAGCCAAAAACCAGAUCACCCUGGCACUGGUGGAUGAUGAUUUUGACAAACUUCUGAGGAAGGCGGAUGCUAUGAGAAGAGACUGGAAGAGAAGGCAGGGUCCCUAUUUCCAGGAGCCUUUGCAGUGGAAGGUCACAGAGGACUGCCAAGUGCUGCUGAUGUGCAAGGUGACCAACACUAAGAAGGAGACUUGCUUCCAAUGGUUCUUCCAGAAGCAAGAGAUGCCAGAUGGUCAGUACGACCCGCAGACUGGAGCAGGGCUUCUGUGCUUCCAGGAGUUCUCCGAGGAGGACAGAGGAAUUUACAGAGCGGUGGUUUCUGAUGAUCGUGGGGAAGAUGAUACCACACUGGACCUCUCCGGUGAAGCCCUGGAUGCUCUCUUCACUGAGCUGGGCAGGAUUGGUGUCCUUUCUGCAGCCCCACUGAAGAUCCAGGGGACUGAGGAAGGAAUCCGGAUCUUCAGUGAGGUCAAGUACUACAAUAUGGACUACAUGAAAACCACCUGGUUCCACAAAGAGAAACGUCUGGAGAGCAGUGACCGGGUGAGGGCUGGCACCACCCUGAAUGAGAUCUGGCUUCACAUCCUGGACCCCAAAGACUCAGACAAGGGCAAAUACGUCCUGGAGAUAGCUGCCGGCAAGGAAGCCCGGCAGCUCUCAGCAGAUCUCUCAGGGCAAGCUUUUGAUGACGCCCUGGCUGAGCACCAGCGAUUGAAAGCCGCAGCCAUCAUCGAGAAAAAUCGUGCCAAAGUCGUAAGGGGCCUGCCAGAUGUGGCCACAAUUAUGGAAGACAAGACUCUGUGCCUGACCUGCAUCAUCUCAGGUGACCCCACUCCUGAAAUCUCUUGGCUGAAGAACGACCAGCCUGUCACCUUCCUUGACCGUUACCACAUGGAGGUGAAGGGGACAGCGGUCACAAUCACGAUCACCAUGGUCAAAAGUGAGGACAGUGGACGCUAUGGUGUCUUCGUCAAGAACAAGUAUGGCUCUGAGACGGCCCAGGUCACCAUUAGCGUGUUCAAGCAUGGGGAGGAACCCACGGAACUGAAGAAGAUGUAA